GCGGGUCUGGGGAGCUGAUUUAAAGCGAGCGACAGUGGGAGCAUCACGCACCAAAGCUGGGAGAGAGCUCCAGAGAUGUUUUGCAACAUUAGCCUAUUUCUGUACGCUGAUGCCCCACACAGUUUCACAGGCAACCGUAUCAUUAAAAAAAUAAUAAACUAACCUACUAAAAACUAAAUAAAGCCACUCUGUAUAGCCGUAUAGCAAUUUACGGCUGGACAAAGCAUAAUCAAGUCUAUGCGCGAAUAAUGCGUCUUUGUGACACGCGUGUGCAGGUUGCUAGGCGGUGACCUCCGAGUCUGUCCCACCCCGUCCGUGGCCAUGUGGCUGUGUUAACUUCUGUCACAGAGUAGUUUCAACCUGCCGAUUCAAAGUUAUUAUGUGGGAACCGCACCGUCAAUCCGUGCUCAGAAACAGUUUUUGGACAGCAUUGCCCGACCGGGUUAACUGGACCCCGCGGGCUCCUCACCGGGACAUCCUGACUCGGGUUAAAGUCGAUUGCCAGCCCUUACCGGAGCGGCACCUGUCCGUACUGCUGCCCAACAGAAGGAUAAGGACUCCCAUAACUGUAAGUCUAACAAGGAGUGUAAUACUUUAGCAAGUCUGGCACUUUGCAAAGCUCUGCCUCGUUAAAACCAGAGGCGCCUGAGUAGAGGUUUGCGAUGUUACAACUGUAAAAAGCACAGGUUAGCACUGUAAAGCCCAGAGGUGUAUAAUAAAACAGAUUGGGUUUCAUUGUUUGUUUUUUUAAAAAGACAUUUAUUGUAAACUAUGUUGACCGUGGGAAAAGAAUGGGCUAGCAAUGACCUUGUAAAGAGAGGGGUCGUGAGUUUCCAUCGCGACAUGCCUUGCUCAUUAACACGUUUUAAAAAGGACUAGGAGACGGUUCUCUAUUCGGGAAUAGAGGGGUAUUUAGCAAGUAAAGGGUCUGAGUGAGGAAAUCUAUACAAUCCGCACCCCCUAGUUCUAUACAUUAUUCCAAUCUCCUGACCUGUAGUGCAUGCACCGCUCUCACUCUUUUUAGCAGGAGAAGCCCCCCUUGCCUCUCACACUCUGGUCCGAUGUGAGGAGAGCCGUCAGCCUGCUGAUCGAGAGACUGGGAAGCCGUGACCAGGAGGUCUAUACGCUACACAGUCAAGAUCCACGGUCAGCGAGUGUGUGUUUGUUUGUUACGCACGGCUCUGACCACAGGUUUUGCAUCGCCCUACAGAAUUAACUAAUGUUGCUUCAUAAAGUCGAAUUAUUUUACGUCAAUGCACAGCGCAUUUUUCUCGGUUUUAUUGCCCGACUUUUUCAUGCAACUAAAAUACACUAAAGUAAAUGUAAUGUGCAGAACUAGAAACCGUCGUCAUUGCUGUGGAUAUCCACAAGGUGGCAGCAAUUUCACACCACGCUAAAUCUUAACCCACAUACUGCAGCUCGCCUGUACUGCGGUGGCUUCUCCUCCUCCCCGCCCCCUAUCACAUUUUUGGCACGUUUUAAUGUACUUCUCGUAGUUGGUCACAGUUCUCUGCGGUUGCACAUACUUUACUAUACGGGUUUGCUUUUACAUGUCCUUUACAGUCAUUGCACAGUUCAGCCUUAACCUGGCUUAAUCUGCAAAGGCAGAUUUAAAAUGAUAAGAACACAACGUGGGAGCAACACCAAAUAUAAUAGCUGGUGGCUUUCACGCGAUUUGAUUGGCUCUUGUAAUGCUGAAAUUUGCAUAUCCCGAUUACCCAUAAUUCUAUAGUUAUAAUGCUAUAGUUGAAGCUAGUUACUUAAAAAUCAAAAAACAAGUUUUUGUGUCUGUUGUGUAUUGCAGCAGGACAGCCAAGAAAGCCUGGGAGGACUCUGUCCCACAGCGGGGACAGACAGCCGAGACGUCAGCUCAGAGAGGCAGCUCAGCUGAGGACCCUCUCAAGGAAGAGGAUCAAAGUGGGGUCUCCCCUUUCCACUGGAUCUGGGAGGAUUUCUCCGUGAAUGAGUACAUCCCUAAAACCAAGAGCCCUCAGGAAUCUGAAGACGAGAGGCCCCCUGUGGACGCCCCCCGGAAGGUGAAGAGAAAGAGCCGUCCCAAACGCAAGAAGAAUUUCACCACCCCAAAACCGUUCCAGAUGACCCUGAGGGACGAACAGGGGGAGCGGCCGGCUCUUCAGCCGACGCAGAGCAAGCCGGAGACGAGCGCCAGGAUCAUCCGCGCCACUCCCGUGCCACGCAGCACGACCGUGCCGCUGUACCAGAGACUGCUGGAGGAAUCGCAACAUCGCAGGACAGCCCAGCGGCGGGAGAGGAGAGCCUUUCUGCUCAGGACCCAGAAGCCCUUCACCUUUGCAGAGAGGGAGAAACCAAGGAGGGACUGCAAAGAAGAAGAGAUCCCAGAGCAAAGCUGGCGCCGCCUGUCCAUGAAAGAGAUCUUGGAGAAUUCCUCCCAGCUCUCCUCCGCCAGGCCCCUGCAGCGCUCCGCAUCAGAAUUCCGGGACCCGAGCGCGACGUUCCGGCCGCACAUCCACGAGGAUGUCCCGGAUUUCCAGAGGCUGCACCGGAAGUUCCAGGAGAAGCUGGACGAGGUCCGAUCGGAGAAAGCCCCCACCGUCCCUCGCCCGUUUCGGCUCCACGUCACCCGCUCCACCAGGGAGAGGAUCCUGGAGGGACUGCGGCAGGACAGGGAGCGGGAGAGGCGGGACAAGCAGAGGAGGGAUCGCCGGAGCGGGAAGAAGAAACCGAAGAGUCGGGAAGGGACCUGGGACCUUCCCAUGAGGCCAACCAGGUCCACAGUGCUGAGAGACGCCAUCAUAAGGUAAGAAAUAACAUUAACGACUUGUCUGUCAUUAUCAUGAUACCAAUAUCAUACCAGACCCAUUUCAUUGAUACAACAUCCUUCGUGUGCAGCACCCCAGAGCGCUUUACAAAAUCCACAGCAAGCCAAAAAGAGCUCCAAACUGCUUGGUAGCGAAAUGCCAAAUCAGAGAGAUUA